AUGGCCGGCCGCCUCCCGGGCGCCGCCGCGUCCUCACCGCUGCCCCGCGCGCUCCUCCUCCUCGCCGCGCUCGCGCUAUUCUCCAUUUCCUUCCUCUCACUCCGCUCCCUCCGCCCCGCCGCCAAGUCCCGUCCCCUCCUCCGGCUCCAGUCCUCCUCGUCGGUGUACCACUCUCCGGAGGCGUUCGCGGCGGGGUACGCGGAGAUGGAGCGGAGCUUCAAGGUGUACAUCUACCCGGACGGCGACCCCAAGACAUUCUAUCAGACGCCUCGCAAGCUCACGGGGAAGUACGCCAGCGAGGGCUACUUCUUCCAGAACAUCCGAGAGAGCCGCUUCCGCACCGACGACCCCAACCAGGCGCACCUCUUCUUCGUCCCCAUCUCGCCCCACAAGAUGCGCGGCAAGGGUACUACAUAUGAGAAUAUGACGGUGAUAGUUAAGGACUACGUAGAAGGUUUGAUAAACAAGUAUCCUUACUGGAACCGGACACUAGGAGCAGACCACUUUUUUGUCACCUGCCAUGAUGUGGGUGUGAGAGCAUUUGAAGGACUUCCAUUCAUGGUGAAAAACUCUAUUAGAGUUGUAUGUUCGCCAAGCUAUAAUGUUGACUUUAUACCGCAUAAGGAUAUUGCCCUUCCUCAAGUGCUACAGCCGUUUGCCCUACCUGAAGGAGGAAAUGAUAUUGAGAACAGGACAAUUCUUGGCUUUUGGGCUGGCCAUCGCAAUUCCAAAAUAAGAGUUAUCCUAGCACGAGUUUGGGAAAAUGACACAGAGAUUGCUAUCAGCAACAAUCGGAUCAGUAGAGCUAUCGGAGAGCUAGUUUAUCAGAAGCAGUUUUACCGUACCAAGUUCUGUAUCUGUCCUGGUGGUUCUCAAGUUAACAGUGCCCGUAUAUCUGACUCAAUACACUAUGGUUGUGUUCCUGUUAUUCUGUCAGACUACUAUGACCUGCCUUUCAAUGAUGCCCUUGACUGGAGAAAGUUUGCGGUUGUACUUAGGGAGAGAGAUGUAUAUCAACUGAAGAAUAUCUUGAAAUCAAUAUCACAGGAGGAGUUUGUUUCAUUACAUAAAUCUCUAGUUCAGGUGCAGAAACACUUCGUGUGGCAUUCACCUCCUGUCUCCUACGAUGCAUUCCACAUGGUUAUGUAUGAACUGUGGCUGCGUCAUAAUGUGAUAAAAAAGACACUACCAAGUCUGACAGCCUGCUGGUACUACCUUGAAAAUGGGCUUUUGGUUCUUUUGCUCUCAGAAUCUCCAGCUGGAUGGAUAUUGAAUAUAAUGUUUGCUAUGCAUGGUGCAAUGGAGAGCAUGUCCAUGAAGGAGCUGGCCAUUGUUCAGCAUAUAUGA